CUACUUUCCUCUACUAAAAACUUGAAGAAGCUGAGAGCACAUAGUGCCAUGGCUGCCGCUGAGGCUUCAAUUGAGGAGCUAGAGCUUUCCGAUCCGCCGUGCCUGCAUACCAUUUCCGCCUUCCUCUCCAUGGAACCACCUGACGUAGUCAUCUCCUUUGCGAGGGAUUGCGGCAAAGGUUUGAUCACGGAGAGACUACAACACUUUAUUUGGAUUCACUGCAUCAAUAGAACUGAUGUAAAGCCUUACCCUCCUUACUUGAGAAGUUUUUUGAAGAAGCUUAUUUUUGAAAUUGAGUCAAGUGGUGAAGUUGUAAUCGAUGAGCUAUAUGAGAAAUAUGUAUAUCAAACAUCUAUGAAGGGCAGUGUUUCGGUAAAAGAGAAUGAAAGAUUGUCAAAAAGGAUUUCUUUUCUUUUCCCUAGAGACUGUUCAAACUUGCCAAGUUGUCCAAAAUCUAGGAAGUUAGAAGUUUUGCUGCAUUGCUCAGUCAACUUGCUUGAAGGAGAUACAGGGUGUUCAAUUUGGCCAUCCUGUCUUUUCCUUUCAGAGUUCAUUCUUUCUUUUCCAGAAAUAUUCGCAAAUAAAUCUUGUUUUGAGGUUGGUUCAGGUGUUGGGUUAGUUGGCAUCUGUCUAGCCCAUGUAAAAGCCUCCAAGGUGAUACUCAGUGAUGGCGACUUGUUAACUUUAGCAAACAUGAAGCUUAAUUUGGAAUCUAACAAAAUUACUGCCAGAAACCAUCUCUUGGACCAUACAAUAGAUUCUAAUACACAGUCAGUCCAUGAAAUUUUCGAUGCAACUUUCUCGAUGGAUCAUCCAAAAACCGUCUUUCUGUGCUUUAGUACAGGGGUACAAUGCUUGCAUUUGCCCUGGGAAUCUGCAGCUGAAAAUGGUCUUCAACAGAUCAACCCGGAUAUAGUUUUGGGUGCAGAUGUUAUUUAUGAUCCAUUGUGUCUGCCACACCUUAUUCGAGUCCUGGCCAUUCUUCUUAACCAAGAUAGCAGUAAUGAUGGAUCUUUGGGUAAAUCAACACGAAAUAAUGAGCAGAAUGAUGCAAAUUUGCAGGAUGGACUCCCAAGGUUGCCUGUUGCUUAUAUUGCUUCUGUGGUUCGUAAUAUCGACACAUUUAAUUGUUUUCUUACCUUAGCCGAUGAAGCAAAUCUGUCUGUGUUAGACAUUACUGAGAGGGCAAAACCAUUUGACUUGCUUCCUUAUGCAAAGUCCUACCAACAGUCCAGCAUAAGGAUGCUAUGUGUUUCCUAUUUGAGCAAGUGAAGGUUCCGUCUUGAUGUACUGCUGAGCAUUUCUGAGUUGUAACAAUUCAAUGCUAAUUUUUAGUCGCAAUGAAUUUUCUUUUCUUAAGAGUGCUGUUAUUUACACCUGUACUUUUCACUAAAUAUAUAGACAUAUCAAAGUAAUUUUAGUGUUGGUGGUGCUUA